GGGCGUGGCAGAAUACCUGUUUACCUGCUUCAGAAUAUUGAAAAGUCUAUGUAGAGCAAGAAACUACCUACCUAGGCUACUUGUGCCUGUUCUCAAGUCCAGUUACAAGCCAUACCGGUACAACCUCGUUUUGCCCAUUCAACCAAUUCUCCCCUCUCUCAAACCUAGAUAUACACCAACAUAUCUUUCCAACAUGGAUUCACUCGAUGAUGAACUUCCUCCCGAUCUCGUUGAUACGAGUAAUUCUCUCACCGAAGAUGAAAAGCCAAUCAAGGUGCCAAUAACAAUAGUCACUGGCUAUCUUGGUGCUGGAAAGACAACUUUGCUCAACUAUAUCCUCACGGCAGAGCAUGGCAAGAAAAUUGCGGUUAUUAUGAAUGAGUUUGGUGAUUCUUUGGACAUCGAAAAGUCGCUCACUAUUAACAAGGAUGGGGAGUCCGUCGAGGAAUGGAUGGAAGUUGGCAAUGGUUGCAUCUGUUGCUCAGUAAAAGAUACUGGUGUGGCUGCCAUCGAGUCUUUGAUGGAAAAGAAGGGCAAGUUUGACUACAUAUUAUUGGAGACGACUGGGUUAGCAGAUCCUGGUAACCUCGCACCCCUGUUCUGGGUCGACGAGGGACUUAGCAGCACCAUAUAUCUGGACGGCAUUGUCACCUUGGUUGAUGCCAAAAACAUCCUCCGCAGCCUGGAUGAUCCAUCUGGCAAAGUCGAAGGUCACGACGAAAGCGAUGCUCACGGGCCAGUCAUGACGACUGCGCAUGUGCAGAUAUCGCACGCCGACGUUAUCGUCAUCAACAAGUCCGAUCUGGUGUCUGAUGAGGAGCUAGAAACCGUCAAGGCCAGGAUACAAUCCAUCAAUGGUCUUGCCAAGCUGCAUAUUACAAAACAGAGCAUCGUUCCCAAGCUCGAGGGUUUCUUGCUUGACCUGCACGCCUACGACAGCGUAGAAGGCCUGGAUUCGGCUUCUGCAAAAGGCCACAGCCAUCUAGAUCCGACGAUCUCGACACUGUCGAUCCCGAUAACAAACCUUGAAUCUAGUCAAGUGAGCAAGGUAGACGGGUGGCUGAGGUCUGUUCUCUGGGACAACAAACUACCCGGCGACGAAGCUCAAGGCAAGACACCGUUCGAGAUACAUCGUGUGAAAGGCCGACUGGAACUCUCAAGUGGAGAGAUCAAACUGAUACAGGGUGUACGAGAGCUCUUUGAGAUAUUUGACGGGCCUCGGGAAGCAGCAGAGUCGCAUGGCGGCAAGGUAAUCCUGAUUGGCAGGCACUUGCAACAGUUUGACUUUGCCGAAAGCUUGAGGGCGUCUCUUAGCUGAGCAACAGAGAAUACGACAUGAGGAAGUAUCCGGGUGCUUCAGGAUGAUAAACGAAUGGAUUGCCAAGACAGACCUGGCUGGUGGACGUUUGUACAGAGUACUUUGGCCUCAUGGCCCUGACAUAGGUAGCGCUUGGUAAAGGGCGCGACGUGGGACAAGGGCGUGCCGUCCACUACUCAGAGACGCGCUGUGAGUUGGGUUUGAAAGAGCUUGCGAUGUUGCACCGUGCGAAAUAAAAUAAUACCCGAGAUUUUACAAGCACCGAUAUACAUUUGAAGCAGGAACCAGAACAAAACCAAAUUGCGAUGGUCCGUGCCACCCCGCAGCUGUACAACUGUAAGGUACGCUAGUGCCCGGAACGCUGUAAACAUGCUUGACAUGAAAAUUGCUGGACCCUUGCACUGUACGAUUGUAGGACACGGAGACCUCAUCAUCUCAU